AGGCGGGAGCGUGUCCCGCCGGGGCGGCUAUGAAAGCGUUGCGGUGCUUCCUGCUGCUGCUGUGCGGUGCCGCGCUGGGGCCUGCGGUGCACCUCGACUUCGCCGAGCACCGCAGCCAGGCGGCCAAAAUCAAGGUCAACCCCCGCGGCAACCUCUGGGCCACAGGUCACUUCAUGGGGAAGAAGAGUGUGUCGGGCACCCCGCACCUGGACGUGCCGGGGCAGCCGGCUGUGCCGAUGGCUUUCGGCCCCUCGCUCAGAGCUUUGCUGGAGGACGUGGUGGAACUGCUUACCCGGGAGCUCCUGAAAAUCCUCUUGCAAGAAAGGCUUUUGGAUGAGAACCGAGGAAAAUACGAUCUCACUGACCAGGAGACUGGGCUUUUAACAAAGGUGCUGGAGAAGUAUUUCUCAAACUGAAGAAGCACAGCAGUGAAGGAUGAGGUCAGCAGGCUAAGCAGUGUGUGGCAAAUGGAGGAGAGCAUCAUCCUUGUGGGUUACUGUAGCAACAUCACUUUUAUUUAUUCUUUCUGUAAUACUGUUAAUAGUGACUGCUUGUAUGAAAAGCAGAUCCUCCCUGUAUAUUUCCUGUAUGUUUUCUGCUUCCUUGAUGUCUGUUGUGCCCCUGUGAAUAAAACCAGCUCUUUGCAGACACUA